AACAUGAAGAGAAUAAUAUAGUAACUAGAGCUGUCUCUGAAACUCCUGGUUUGGAAAAACAGGUGAAGCAGAAAAAUCAAUGAAUUCAUUCAAUGAGUGUUACCAGGUGUUUGUGUAGAUAAGGGAAUUUGACCUGGGGCAAUAGUCUAUAUAUUAUAUAUUGAAGUGCUUGAAAUUUAUAAUGUACUGUAACAGAAUGCAAACAUUAUGGGAGGUUUAUACAAAUAUUUAAACUGAAUGUGUGACCUUGGUUACCACAAUUAAGAAAAAAUAUUUUUUUUAUCAAUGGACUACUUAUUAAAAAAGAUGUGUAUUGAAUAAAAUUGCAUCCUACAUUCUAAACUUAAUCUAAGGUUAUAUUUUAUAAAAUCAUUUUAUGUAAAUAUAAUUUGCAGUUUCUUUUAGCUGUAUUUGUUCACCUUUAAAAGUACUUUCAGCUGACAUUUAGAGGCAGCAAAAAGCAAGGGACAAUUACACCAUUACCAACAGAAAGGUCAAUGAUCAGAGGUGAUUUGAUGGAGGAAAGAUCAAAGAGUGCAGGUGUGGACAUGAGAAGGUCAUAUGAAACAAAGAGAUUUAAGGAAAAUGCUGUCAAGUCCAAAUCAACAUCACAUGUUGCUUCUAAACCAGACCCUAACAAAGUCUUGUCAUAUUUGAAGAAAAACAAGUAUGAUGAUCAAGGUAAAUUACCAAGUAUUUGAAUAGCAUUUCUCUUAGUACAGUCUUAAAUUAUUAAAAGUAUUUCAACCAUUAAAUACUAUAAAUAACCCAUGGAAUACUCUCUACCCAGACCAAUCCCCUACUUUUGCUUUGGAGCCUUCAACGCCCUCAAUUUUGUUCCCUUCCCCAUCCCCAAUCUUGAUUUUUUUUAUCCAAAUUACUUUCCAGUUGUUUGCAUCACUCUGUAAAUCAAAGAAUCAAAGUUUCUGUUUACAUGAGAUGAUUCAACAAAACUUCAUAAACUCAAACAUUUUUGUGAUUUGGUUCUUUACCAGGUCUUUGGUAAAUUUCUGGAAUGCAAAAUUUUAUUUAAAUUUGAAAAUCCAUUGAAAAGAUUGUUGAUAGCACCCACCUCAACAAUUGUUCAUUACCACUUUCAUAAAAGAAAAUUAUGCCAAAUUUCAUUUUCUAAUGUUUGCACUUGUUCAUAUGAUGCAAAAAAAGUGUGUUUCCCUGCUUGCACUGUUUAGUGUUAUUUUUUCUGAAUGUACACACUUGUGAUGCAAAAAAAAAGUGUGUUUUCCCACUAAGUGUUCUGAAAAGACAUGUCUGUGCUUUUUUUAUAUAUAUAUUUAUAUAUAUAUAUAUAAAUAACAUUUUCAUUGUGGAACUUCAGCAAUUUCAAUAUGUAAUGAUGAAGGAAAAAUAAAAUGAGGCUCAUUUAUUUUAGUUCCAGAGAAAACAAAUGCUUAUGAAAAACUCAUUGAGAUGAGAAGUCAGCUAGGCUGGGUUGUCGACAUACCAAGACAUGGUCCUGACACCAGGGAAGCAAUGGAAAAACUCAAAGAUGUGGUAGAGGAUGAACAUGUAUGGAAAAGAGUGACAAAUUUGUUAACAUUAUUUUCAUGAUUUAAAUCUGUGUUUUCAAAGCAAUUUUAAAAAAAGAAAUAAUUUUAUAUUAAGAAUCAAUGUUUUUCUUUCCAUUAAAAAUAAAUCUAUUAUUUUGCAGAUUUUUGGUACAAAAUUAUUUUAAAUGACACCACCCGUUACCUUUCCAAUGAAAAUGUACAAGAACCUUUUAAUUUUGAUCUUUUAUCAUCCAAUUUUGUCAGGGAACUGAAAAACCAAAAGAUGACACAGGAGAAUUCUUCUACUGCUUGCCUAAAAAUCACAAAGAUCCCCGUGCUCGCUACAACCCUUAUGAUCUUGAAGUGGUCUCAGCCAACACAGCAAGGUCACAGAAGAUGUACUUUACAAUCAGUGCUUCUUAUGUGACUAUGGUAUCCACAUUCAUAAUCUGUUGGUAACUUUAAAUAUGAAAUAGUUAACAUAUAAAUCAAAGUAAUAUAGAAAUGUUAUCAAUUCUGCCUACAAAAGCUUUUUAGUUUGUUAUAUCAUUUAUUUAAUAGUGCUAUGAAUCUGAUGAUAAAAUGAAAGAAUCCAAUGCUACAUCUGCACUCUGGUGGCUAUGGGAGAGACGAUUGUUCAACAUGGUUUUCAAUUUCCCAGUCUUUGAGAAAUUCAGGUUUGUUAAGACUAAGCCUUAAAACAUUUUAACAUAACUAACACGAAAAUAAAAGGUAUCUACACAUUUAUGAAAAUUUUCUUUUUUUCUUUGUCUUUGCCUGUGAUGGAAAGUGCACGCCCUUCUCCUGCCAUAACUAAAAAUUGUUUAUGUUAAAAAAAUUAAUUCUGAUAUUUGUGCCUCUAAGAAAGCACCUAGUCACAUCACAUUAGGGCUCUAACUGGUCUGCUGUACUCAUAAAAUUGUGCAGUAUAUUUGAUACUGGGAAACUUAUUUGGUUUUAAAGUAAUGUUCUUCCUCAUGUCAUUUUGGUUAGAUUGAAAAAUUGCUAUGUUAUUUUCAGACUGUGGAAGACAUUCAAAAACUGGAAAGAAGCAAUACUGAGACAAAAGAAUAAAGGCCAGCAGUAAGUUGAUCUAAAAAGAAAAUAAAAGAUUUCUUAUGUGAAUUUUUUUAAAAACAACAUGGUGUUCUAAAUUAUUUUUUUCCCUAUAUAUCCAACAGAGAAAAGCUGUACAGAUCUCUUUUCAUUGCUAAUGAAGUACUGCAGGGCUGUCUGAUUCAUGUCAGGAGUCUUUGUGAAAGCGCUCGAAAUAUCACCAAAGAUGGCACCACCAGCAGUCUUAUUUCCUUUGUUGACCUUGACUCAUCAUUGACUUUGACUCUGCAUGAAUUUGAGGCUCGACAAAAGUCAAGAUGUGAUAAAGGACUGCAGCAGUUGUCUGCCCUCAGAGAAAAGAUCAUUGAGAUUGUGUGGGAGUCAUGUGCAGUAAGUCAAUUAAGGAAAUGACAUGAAUGCUAAUAACUCUUUGACUCCCAUGAACUGACAGUGCAAGCUCGCAGAUUUCCUAUUUCUGAGCCAUGUCAAGGCUUAAGAUUGAAUAGUAAUUUUGUUUUUAAAAAAAGCAAUUGUGGUGUAAAGAUUUGGUGUCCCAGUGUCUGGUGAGCCUUUUUGUUUUGUGGGUCGGUUAGCUGUUUCAUGUUACAGCCUGAUUUAUUUAAUUUUUAUUGAACUUUUGAAGCCGUAUUCAUUCAUUUCUUACUAGGAUUGAGCCAAGAGGCUCAGGAACACACUCUCAUUAGAGAUUUACUGCUAGUAAAGCUCUAGAAUUAAAUCAAAUACUGCAAUAUGAAUUAGAGACAGGCUGAAUUUCGGCUUCGGGUUUGGUGCCAAAAGUUGCCAAUUGAUCACUUUUGGCCCAGUUUCUAUUUCAGCAGAAACAGAAAAGUUAACUUUCGGUUUAAAUUCGGUUUUGGCUGAAAAUGAUUGAGAUUUUUUACCAUUGACUGAAAGUGACAGAGGUUUUCGUUCCUCUACCAGAAGUCAGACUGUCUGUCUGUCUCUAGGCCGGCAAAUCCGAUAUUCACUAUUGCCGGACGACUUGCUAUCAUCAUAUGUUAUAUGACUAAUAAUCUUUGAAAACUGCUAACAGCUGGAUGAUGACCUACUUGUCCUUUAUUUUAAAAAAAUGAAAUUUCAAUUAGGCCGAGGCAAAUGUAAAUAGUUUUUUUGAAGAAAAAUUACAGGAAUGGUAAUAUUUAUUUCAUUAUUUUUGUUUUAUUUUUUUCAACAAAAAAAUUUGGAACCCUAGGUUUAUUCAAAUCAUACAUUUUUGAUAUUCAUUUUGAUUUAUCAAUAUCAUGCUCAUCAAUGUUUUCAAAGGCAAAUAUAAAUAAUAUUGAAUAAUCCUAGGGAAUUUUAAUAUUUCCAUGAUUAUUUUUGUUUUAUUUUUUUUAAAAUAAAAAUUAGGGAAUUGUAUUUAUCAUUUGGUAUCGUCUUUUUUAUGUACUGUUUUAGACGAGCCAUAUUAAUCUCAGGUUUUAGUUUAAGUUAAACGCUGGUCCUGUUUGAUUUUUCUUGAUCUGUAAGUGCUUUUAAAACCAUUGAAAGACACACAGGAGUCAAACAGUUUGAGAUUCAUCCAAAUGAAUAAAUUGAUGUUAUUUAAUUAAAAGUGUUUAUUUGUUGAUUAGCUUAAAAUGGACAUCAUUAUCGAUGAGAUUUUUCUUGAUCAUUUACACACAGACCUGCUUCACCAACCAAUUAUUGUUUUAAAAAAUAUUAGUGUUCUCUCCACACUUAAAAUUACUGUGUAUAUCAAUUUUUUCUUUUAUUUUGUAGACUGUUGCAGAAAUGGAAGGCAUAACUCAAGGCAUAAGAGAAGAAGAAAAUCAAAUCAAAAGUAGUAAAGUCAUCAUGGAUUCAAAUCAGCAGCACAGGCAGACAAUCAAAACAACUUCAUCCAAUAAGAAGGAGAAAA